AGUCAGUUGUAUUCACUAGCAGAGUGUUGAAGGGUGGUUUUCUUUGCAUAUCUUUUGACAUCUUUUAUCUGACUUGAGAUGGCACAUUCCAAACUGAGCACACCAAGUUUGGGUACACCCCAGCACUUUUUAGAGUGUGACAUUAAAAACUGUGAGAGGAAUUGUCAAUUUUACUGCAACCCUUGCCAUCAGCAGAUGUGUGAACAAUGCAGAGACGAACAUCUGAAGAAUCCAGAAUACAAGAACCAUGAGGUGGUCCUUUACCAACAACGAAAACGACAACUUCCAGUAGAAAAAUGCAAGAUCCACCCCACUAAAGAUAUAGACAUGCUUUGUGAGGAAUGCCAACUUCCAUUAUGUUCUAAGUGUGCGACCCAGGAAGAUCAUCGGAGGCAUACAUUUAUUGAUCUGGAGACAGUUUAUACAGAUAAGAUGGCGCUUUGCUUAGAGGAAAUCUCCAAAGUCAACGAAUAUUUCCUUCCAACAUCACAAGAUUUACAGAAAGAAAUAAAAGGCGAUUCCACAGAAAUAAAGAUGAUCAUGGACAGCAUAAGAAGAACCAUGAAGGCUGAUGGAGAGUCCCUCAAAAACAUGGCGGACAAAGUGGUGUCAGAAAAUAUACAACAAGUGGACAACAUAGAACAGUCAUUGCUGGAGAAAUUACAGAGUCAAGAUACAAGAGUGAAUGAUUACAUUUCAUAUCUCCAUGACCUUGUCAAAAAGUUCCAUGGUUAUAUAUCUUCUUCAAAGCUUACAGAUAUAAUUCCCAAACUUUCUGAGAAGUUCCAGGAAAUCCGACUGAUACCAGAGACAACAAAACCGGUCACACCAGUGUUUACUGCUGGUCAAUAUAGCAAAGAUGAUGUCGCAAAAUUAAUGGGGAAAAUAAUUGUUAAAGACACAAAUGCAGAAAUAAGAGAAAUAAAAUCCAUGGAAAUUGUCCCUCCUUCAACAUCAAUGGAAUUUACAAGUCAACAGAAGAAACGAGACAGACAUAGGAAAUCUGAUGUGAAACAAACAAUGUCUCUAUCUUCCUCUGUCACUGAGGCCAGGAAGGUCAAUGUACCAGGUGUUAACCAAAUAUGGCAUAUGUCGCUAGAAAAAUCAGGCAGACUCUGGGUCAGUGACGAUGAAUGUAACCUUGUCCAAACAGCUGUACAGGGGAAUCAGCUACAGAAGAUACAAAGCAGUGGUGAAUAUGGCUACCACACAGUCACACAGGACGGGGAUCUGAUCUUUACAGACAUAUACAAUAAUGUCAUCAAUAAGAUAACACUGGAUAACAACAUCACAGCUGAAUUCAUUAAUACAGGAGACUGGGAACCACUCAGUAUACACUCCUCCCACAUCAACGGGGACAUACUGGUGGGGAUGGGGGAAAAUGGAGAGACUAAAGUCACCCGGUACAACAAGACAGGAAAAGAAUUACAGAACAUACAGAGGGAUAACAAAGGACAGAAACUAUAUAGUCGUCCAAUCUAUAUCACAGAAAACAUCAACGGGGAUGUCUGUGUAUCUGACUUUGAUAAAGAGGCAGUAGUGGUGGUGAAUAAAUCAGGACAACGCAGGUUCUCCUACAGAGGCCAGGAGUCAGGGUUCCGUCCCCGGGGAAUCUGUACUGAUGUCCUCGGUCACAUCCUGGUGUGUGAUAAUACUACUGUUCAUCUCCUUGAUCAGGACGGUCAGUUCUUGUCUCUACUACUCACAAAACAACACGGGAUAGACGAUGCCAUUAGUGUGUGUGUGGAUGAUGAGAACAAUCUUUACGUGGGACAACAUAAUAACAACACAGUUACAGUGUACAAGUAUCUCCAGUGAUUCUAACCUUGUGAACAUCAUGGAUAUCUAUAUUAUAGGAAUAACGACACACCAACACAGUGACAGUGUACAAGUAUCUCCAGUGAUUCUUACUUUGUGAACAUCAUGGAUAUCUAUAUUAUAGGAAUAACAACACACCCACACAGUGAAAGUAUGUACAAGUAUCUCCAGUGAUUCUUACUUUGUGAACAUCAUGGAUAUCUAUAUUAUAGGAAUAACGACACACCCACACAGUGUACAUAUAUCUCCAGUGAUUCUUACUUUGGGAUUAUCAUGCAUGUAUAUCUAUAUUAUUAUAGCAAUAACACACCAACACAGGAAUAACAGCACAGUGACAGUGUACAAGUAUCUCCAGUGAUUCUUAAUUUGUAUAUGAUGCAAAUAUCAAAAAGAAAUAUCAAAUUUAAACCUUUCAUAUGAAAAUAUCGAUCUACAAAUUUUACAUUUAAAUUCACAUUGGGUAAAAAAGGAAAGGUACAUUAAAGAAUUUUGUGAUUUUGACCAGUGACAACAUAUGCAAAAUAGCAUCUUGGACUUGCUCAGAUAUCAAUGGUUAGGGAGAAGGCUUAGAUACGCUUAUUGCCUGUUGCUGGAUCUCUUCAGUUUAAAGGGACUGAUUCACGAUUUUACCCAAAAAAAAUUUUUUUUUCACUUUUAAUGAUCAAAAUCUACUGUCUAAUGUGUUUGAAAGAUUUCACAUAGAAAUUAAGGGUAAGGUUAUACAUUAUCACAGAAGUUCAUUUUAGAGAGUUUAUUCUUUGUUUUGUAAACAAAGAUUGCGGUAUGUUAUUGUUUACGAAAUUUUCAAAAGAAAUGGAUACCGAUCUAGGUUUAUCAUAUCUUUCACAUUUCAAGCAUUUUGGGGUAAAAUGUGUCAUCUAAAAGUUAAAAUUUGUGACUAUGCAGAACUAAGAUGCAUUAUAUUAUAAAAUAGAUAUUUCACUUGUUUGUUUGUUGACAUAAAAAGACGAGAGUCUUUGUUUACAUAACACAGAUUUAAAGACCGAGAAAAUAAGCAAAACCUUCAAAUUUACCCUUGUCAAUCAGGAGAAAUUGAGCUUCACAUUGGAUCAAGAAAUUGAUGGACAUUUAGUUACUAGUCUUUGUGUAUACCUUAUCUACAUGUAUCUUAUCAGGCGAUCGAGGCGCCCGUGCAAUCCUUUGAUGCUUACAGCGUAAUCCAGCUGGAGAGGAAAAUGUUCAUGUAGAGAUAGUCAUACAAUAAUAGUAGUAAAUUUUGCAUUCAAUUACAUCAAUUAUAAUAGAAUAUAGUAGGAUAUGCUUAGGAAUGGAUACGAUUGAUAAUGAUGAUUAUGAUUUACCUGUGUUGGAAUAUAAUUUACACGGACAUCGAUUUUAUGCUAAACAGAUUAAUUAUGAGUAAAUGCAUUGUACGUUAAAAUUUUGUUUAGAAAAAAGUCAAUUAUAUAAGGAGAAAAGUUUUACUUAAAUUUGAUUCAAAGUUAUAAGAUUCCAUGUUUGUUUGUUUUUUAUCAUUUGCAACAGAGUUUAUAUAUUUUAAUGUUAAAACAAACAAAUAACCCCAAUAAAAAGUAAUUAACUUUUAUAAGUAUUUACAACAGGUGUUGACAGGGACUGUUGAGAUUAAUUAGUGGCUUCACAAGGCACCUUUCCCCUUUUCUAGACAGUAUAUUUCCUGUAUAAGUAGACAAAAUGGCAUCAAUUUACAUAUCAUGUACAAUUUUUGAAGCCAUACAUUGGAUGAAGGAAAAAAUAUGUUAGUGGUCAUAGGCACUCUCUAUACAUAUUGUGACUUUUUUUCCUGUGACUUUUUUUCCUGUGACUGUUUUUCCUACCCAGAUUGUGACUUUAUUUCCUGUGACUUUUUUUCCGUUUACCGUUUCGCCAGCGUCCACUUUCAAUAGGUAAAUGAUUACAGGUUCGAAAUUUACAAAAGGUUAUAGCAUCUUUUCUGGGUAGGAUAUCCAAAUAUUUUUCAAAUUUUAAUUCAUCCUUGUACAUUCUAUAGUUUAUAGUUUUUGAUAGCGUUUUGAUGUCAGAAUCCCACUUUUGCUUGAAUUGAUCUAGUAAAAUAAGUUUUACUUUUGACUUUAGCCAGCUUGGAUUACAUGCGUUAUUUUGCCAAAUGUGAGAAAGUCCGCAAUUUUUAAGGAUAUUUGACACGUUCUUGAACCAAGCAAUCUUUUUCGCGUAUUGGUUUGUAACAUUAUUACCCAGUUUUGACAGGAGAUUGCUAUUGUUGUUUCUUUACUAAGUGCAAUUUUGUGCCAAAAUGAGAUAAUACGCGUUUGUAUUUGUAUGUGCAUGGAUGUCGGCCAAGUUCACCGUACACCAUGCAGUCGGGGGUAGAUUGUUUUAAUUUCAAUAAUAAUUUACAAAAUUUAAGGUGGCCUCUUUCUAUAAUUGUAUUAUUUGAAAAUCCCCACACCUCACAGCCGUAUAAUAAGAUGGGUUGAACAAUUUUAUCAAAUAAAUCUGACACUGUAUUGAUAGGUUAUGCAAACGUCCUUUUUCAAGAAUCUCAUAAACUGCUUUAUUGGCUUUUUCUAUACUUGUUUUUGUUUGGCUUUUUUGAAUGAUCCUGAUGUGCUAAAUAAGAUACCCAGGUAGUUAAUGUCGUCAACAAUUUCAAUGUUUUUGUCGCCACAAACAAAAGUACGAUUCCGUUUUAGAUUAUCCUUACUGAUUAUUAAAAUUUUUGUUUUGUUAACGUUUAUCUUUAAAUUCCAUUUUUCGCAAUAUUUAUAAAAAUGAUCAAUUUGGACCUGUAAUUGUUCUGCAGAUUCAGCUAUCAAGACAGUGUCAUCGGCGUAUAAUAAUGCAAAAAAUCUAAAGUACAAAUUCAAAUGUUGUUCAAACAUUUCAGAUAUCGUGGGUAAACCAUCAACAAUAUUGUGCUGAAAAAAGUCUUGCAUGUCAUUUAAAUAUAUUGAAAAUAAGAAUGAAGACAAAUUUUCCCCUUGUCUAACACCAUUUUCACAAUUUAAAAAAAUUGAAAUCGUAAAAAAUACAUGUUUAAAUGGAAAAAAGAAUCUUCUGACAAAUGUUCUUUGUGUCUAGAAACAGAAGAUAUGAGACAUCUUAUAUACGAGUGUAAAAAUGUUUCAUUGGUUUGGAAUAUGGUGUCUUAAUUUGGCGUGCAAAAUCAAUAUUCAAUGGAAAAGUAUUGUUAUUGGUUUUUAUUUUGAAUGUAAUCAAAACACACGCCUGCUUAAUAAUUUUAUUUCCUUCAUUGCUUUGAAGAUAUACAAAUAUAAAAUGUUUUGUAGACUAAGUAAUCUUGAAGAAACUGAAUAUAGCAUAUCAAAUCAUGUCAAGAAGUGUACAGUUUUGUGGUGUAAAGUUAUAAAGUAUAGUAAUUAUGCAUUGAAAACAAAUGCUAUUGAAAAUUUCAUAAAACUAUUGUAAUUUGCAUCUAUAUCUUUUCUGCAAUGUAAUGCAUUGUACCUGUGCUAUUGUACAACUGAUGGUACUAAUUGUAUUAAUAUGAGUAAUAAACUAUGAAAUCAAAAAAAAAACAAAAAAAAAAAUUGAAAUCUCAUCAC